GUUUUUUGGUGUUAAAACCUUGAUCUCUUUAUCCGUAGUCCUGUUGAAUACGUUUUUUUUUCCUAAACAUCAAAAUUACGAAAGUAUAGAUUUGGUCACCGUUCGAAAUAACGUAAUAUCUUAUCGGUGGCCGUGCUGUCACGGCUGUUUGAGCUGAUCAGAUCACUUCUUGAGAGAGAGGAAUAUACACAACUUACAACAGAUAGUUACAAAUUUACAGCAGUUAAUAAUUGACAAGAUGGACAAGCACAAGCAGUUGGGUGGUAGUUUGGAGCUUCCACCCUUGAGAAGUCUCGACGACUUUAUUCUGGAGUCGGCGCGCUUUCAGAUUCCAAAUAUCAAAGAUCUCGACAAAUGGGGCAACAGAGUGGUCAACAAUUUACUCUACUACCAGACCAACUACUUCUUUACAUCUGUUGUCAUUUUUAUUUGCGUUGGGUUGAUACACCCUGCUAAAAUGAUCAUUGGAAUGCUAGCAACAAUGGUUGUGUUGUCAGUCUUUGCCUACAUAUCAAUGGAAGGAAGGGCAGUGCACGCUUUAAAAAAGAAAUACCCUGGCAUCGGUAUUGUUUUUAUGCUGCUUGCAGGCUGCUUUUUGACCUACACUCUUGGCUCCCUGUUGGUCUUUUUCUUUGGUAUUCUGUUACCAUUUUCAGUGAUAUUUGCCCACGCCUCUUUGAGAUUGAGAAAUAUUAAGAACAAACUAGUCAACAAGAUUGAGGGGAUUGGUUUGAAGCAUACACCUAUGGGUGUCUUUUUGGAGCAACUUGAAGAUAUAACUGGUAUGACCAUGUCUGUUCGAACUGCUGUCACGCAAAAAUUUCACUAACUUGGAAAGAGAGUGUACCUUACCAACGGGGAAUACUAUACUCGCAACGCUGCCACGCAAAUCUUCCGGGUUACCAAAAAACCGGGUUUGUGUCGAAAAAAAAUCAGAGACUUAACAUCAUUUUUCUAACAUGUUUUCAAUCAUUUCAUUAUUUACCAAAAUUUUUUUAAUGAAUUAAGUGCGAAGCAAUCAGUCAAAAAUGUCGUAUAAUAUAAAUUUUAUACUCAUUAACUCAUGAUUUAUAAAAAUACGUGUAAGUACUUUAAUUGCAAUCAAGACAAACUUUUGACUGCAUGCAUUGUUUUACAUGAUUUUUUAUACAUCGAGACGUAAAUGUCAAGAGGAUCUGACAUGAAAAUUAUUUUUUUACAUAUUAAACCAUCAAGAUACGUAAUAUGAGCAAAUUUUAUGUUUUUCCUGUAUUCUCGUAAGUAAUCCUAGCAUAAUGAUUUCCUACCUUUUAUUUACGAGCCUAAAUCAUUUUAAUAUUUAUCAAA